AUGGGAGACUUGAUUGCCAAGGACGUGGCUACCACCUUGCCAGAAACUCUGCCUCAGAAGCGAAAAAGAGGACCGAAAGCGUCGGUGGCUUGCGACACUUGUCGCCGCUUGAAAGCGAAAUGUGACCAGAAUACACCCUGUCGGAUACGAUCAUCAGCAGAGCAAACAGGCCAAGCGGCCAUCGCAAGCAAAGAUGUAGGAUCGGAGGCCCAGUCCGUCGAGGCAUCGAUGCGUUCAACCGUCAGUCACGCGCGAGACCAUCUCACAACCAAAUCUGGCACCGAUAGAAUACCUCUUACCCCCACCGUUAGGCAGAGUCAGAGUCAGAGUCCGACAAAUGCUCCGAUCGGCGAUAUCGCUACCGACUCGUCCUCUGACGAUGAGGCUAGUCCUGAGGGCUUUAAUGAGACCAAUUCGCGCACCAACGGCAAAGAAUUCUACGGUCCUGCGGCCACGUUGGCUUUUCUCCUUGAACUUCGGGCCAGAAUUUCAGCAUUUCAACGCAAGUUGCGUGAUAGGCAAUACUCAAGACCUCGUACUCGGAGCAGGACAUCUUUGGUCAAUCUCAUGGAUGGCGAAGAGGUAGAUGAUAGCAACGACAAAGAUGCCCGGCGGCAUCUUGUUCACCGAACCCCAGAAACCCCCCGAGUAGCGCAAUCACCCAACUGUCAAUCUCAGUCGCCAUUCCAUCUCACGAAUGCGACAAUCGAGAAAGCAUGUAUUGAACACUACUUCCGCAACAUCCACCACAUCUACUCCUUCAUCGACAAAGCCCGGUUUCUGAAGCGGUGUCAGACAGAAUUUUGGAAUUGCCCGGUUCCUGAAAAGCCAGAACGAAGCAAUUUCCAUCUACCUAAUUCGACAUUUGCUGCCGUCUAUAACGCUGUCAUUGCUGUGGGAGCCCUCACGGCCCCAGAAACCUUUGUGACCGACACUGAAACGUCAGAUACAGCAGAGUUCUGGGCUGAGCUAAUCAAGCAUUCCAACCAACAUCACCAUACUGGCACACAGCCCGCUCCAGAGCUUGCCGAAAUUUAUUUCACUCGAGCUCGAAUAUCAUCGAGUAGUUUUUUCGAAGCUUGCAACCUUGAUAGCCAGCAAGCUUUCUUCUUGAUGUCUAUCUUCUGCACGUACGCUCUCAAACCCCAUGCCAGCUACCUGUACCAUGGUAUGGCGAUCAGAACUGCAACAGCCAUCGGCGUGUCCAACAUGGCCGAUCUACGAAAGAAUCCGAUCGAGGGUGUACGAACGUGGUGGAUGAUGUAUUAUCAUGAGAUGGAACUCUGCCUUGUCCUGGGACGCGAGACUUGCCUUCGAGAUGCCGAUCGCUAUCCAGUAUUUCUUGCGCGAUUUGGUGAGCCCAUGCCUCCCGGCGUCGAAUACGACGAGUAUAGAUUCUUUGGGCGGUGCAACACAGAACUGGCGCGUAUCCUCAAGAGGAUUUUGGAGUGUGUAUAUCAUACUGGACCGUUUGCUGAUGCUGGUCAGCAACGCCCCAAUCGCCAUCAGAUCGCGCUCGAACUCGAUGUAGAAUUAACACAGUGGCGGACCAACUUGAAGCCGGCCUACGAUCUCGAUGUCGAACCACUGACGGAGCCAGAGACUGUGACAAAGCGUAAAAUCAUCCUCCGACUUCGCUUUCACUUUGCUCAGAUAAUGAUCCAUCGCCCAUUUCUCGUCAACACGGCAAAUUCAAGCCCCAAGCAAGCUACGCUGGAUAUUCACGUUCAGAAGUGCUUGGGAGCAGCCAUAGACACGAUUCAAUUCCUAUACCACACGCUCAAAUAUCGCCCCUUCUUCAGAUCGUGGUGGUAUGCAACAAGCUAUACCUUCAACGCAAGUAGCGUUAUACUGUACUGCCUAGUGACUGGCUUGUAUGGAGGUCGGGAUGAAGCCAAGACACUAACCUUGGGUGUUGAGAAAGCACUUGAAAUCUUGGAGGCCAUGGGUUGUAUCACAGUUGCUCGAAGGUGCGCCAAGGUCACGCGGGAAAUGUUGGAAGUGGCUGAAAUGGCGGCCGGAAAUAUCGUCAACGGCCUUGUUGAGUAUGAACAGAGCAACACUUUAGCUGCUCCUGUCACAAACGAUACUCAAGGGGGGCAGCAGCGCGUCCUGGUUGAGCCUCUACUUGAGGACAUCUGGGAGCCGCAUUAUCAUGUCGGUGAUGAUAUGUCUCGCGCUGCCAUCCAUACCGAAUAUAUGUCUUCUAGGGAGAAGGGCGGCACACUGCACGGCUUGCGAUCUGCGAACGCUGUACUCGUGGGUAUAAAGAUAUGGGUGUUGAUCUCGCUGGAAGCUGAGACCAAGGUCAAGAGUUUUGUCUACGAGAACUUUCGGGACCCUUGGAAAUGCGAUCGUGCCAUCAGCCAUAUCAAGAUCCUCGUCUCUUCCUCGCGUCUUGAUGCACAGGGCAUUGCUUAUACGAUCAAGAAUGGGUACCCGGGUAACCUUGUCCUCACAGAGCAGGCGCAACAUCACAUGGCCGUCAAUAUGGGACCGUGCAUCGCCGAGUCUGUUAAUCUUGGAUUGACAGGCGACAGUAUUCGCAGUCCUGACUUUGCCAGAUGCGACCUGGAUGGUCUGGAUCUCCCCCACCUGGCCCGUAAAGCGCCGGCGCCGCCUGUUCCAAGCAAGCGCACACACGUCGAGAAGCAGGUCCAGCCAAACAAGAGAAUCAACACUCGUCCUCGUGCAAUUGUUGAACAAGCUCCAGCUGCCCUACCAUCACAGACAGCCGAGACUCGUGAGUCGCGAGGUCGUGCGGCUCUUGAGCAAGUUGCAGACCAGCUUCGAAGCGCUGGCCACGUCUCCAUCACACCUAUUAUCUUGCACAAUCUGCCAUCUGACCGAAUCUAUCGUCUUAUGUGCGCCUUUAUGAGCCGCGAUACCAUUGCCGCAUUCUACAACAGUAGCAUGGAACUCGGAUGCUAG